AAUUCAAAAAGGAAAUACAUCAUUUGAAUUCACAAAAUAAUAUUUUCGAAACAGCUGUGUAACGAGGAAACAACAUGCGUUUUUUCUUACUAGUAACCAUAUUGGUUUUAGUCGGUGUGAUAGCGGCAAUUCCAUCUUCUCCUGAUAAUGUGGAAAAGGGAGUCAAUUUGUUAGAUGUCGCUGAUGCAGGAGACUUACAUUCCAAUGAUGGCGUUCGUGAAGCCCGCCAUUGGGGAGGCGGAUGGGGAGGAUGGGGCGGUGGUUGGGGUGGCCGCUGGGGUGGAUGGGGCGGCGGUUGGGGUGGUCGCUGGGGCGGUGGAUGGGGAGGUGGCGGAUGGGGUGGUCGCAGAUGGGGAGGAGGUUGGGGUGGAUGGGGAGGAUGGGGAGGUGGCUGGGGAGGAUGGGGAGGAUGGGGAGGAGGAUGGGGAGGUGGCUGGGGUGGAGGCUGGGGUCAUGGUGGCUGGGGACAUGGUGGCUGGGGUCAUGGCGGCUGGGGAUGGGGAUAA